AUGGAGAUUAAUUCAAUGCUAACUCCAAAUAUGAAACAAUUCCUGAUUAAACAGCAGAACAUAAAAUCUGUCUUCGAUGAAAAGGGCCUUGAUGGGGUUAUCCAUUAUGUAACUGAGCUCAGUGAAGAAUGGAAGAAGCAAAAAGUUUCAAUCGCUCUCGUCGGUCAGAGUGGUUCCGGUAAAUCAACGCUGAUCAAUCGUUUUCGUUCUCUGUUACCCGACGAUGAAGGUGCAGCAGAUGUAGCCGGGGGCAUACGUGAAUGUACCAUAGAAAUUGACGAAUAUACAAUGAAAGAUACAAAUGUAAUCUACUAUGACCUGCCUGGUGUCGGCACACGACGUUUUCCGUUUCAUGACGAACCCUCACAACUGGCCUAUACAAAGAAAUUUGAGUUAGAAAUCUACGAUUGCUUUAUAAUUGUUGUACGUGGACGAUUUACCGAAGACGAUUGGAACCUGGCUCGGUAUAUUAGUGAACGAUUGAAACGAAGCUAUUCUUUCGUACUCACCCAUGUCGAUGUAAUGCGACAGGAUUUCAAGUAUAGAAAAUAUGAAAAAACUUACGGUUUUUCCUAUGUCAAAGAUAAGAUACGUGAAGAUAUUCGUUACGUACUUCGAGAUGCAAAUCCGGAUAAAAUAUUUCUAAUUUCAAAUCAAAUAAUUGAAUUAGAAGAAAGUGGAGAUUAUGUGUAUGACAAUAAUCCAGAAUACGAAUUUGAUCGUCUCGUUCAACAGAUUCAUCGGGGCAUGGCAACGAACAAGAAAGCCGAAGCCUUUAUUAUGUCUACAAAAUCGAUAAGUGAACAUGCAAUACGAGUUAAAGCAGACGUUUUACGAAGUUACGUCAAAUAUUGGUCUUUCUUUUCUGGUGCGGCAGGUAGUAUUCCAUUACCAUUGGUUUCAACGGGCAUUGAUUUAUCUAUUUUUAUGAGUAAUGCGCGUAUUUAUUACAAUUCAUUUGGAUCGAAAGGAAGUGAUGCACUAAAGAAAUUAAUAUUGGACGAAGGCACUUUAGAGGAACAGAUAGAUCAUAUAUUGACAGCUAUCAGCUCAAGUCUAGGCGCAAAAAUGAUGGCUGGAGUAGCAGGAGCAAUGCUCUUUGAAGAAACACUGAAAUUUAUACCAUUGGUUGGAUCUGUGGCUGGUGUUGGACUUUCCUAUGCAGCUACAUCCAAUUUAUUGCACUCUUUGAUUGAUUAUUUUGAACACGAUGCAUUACUAAUGAUCAAAGCAAAAGUCAUUACGGAUGAUUCUAGUUCGAAAUUCAGACAUGACGACCUAUAA